GAGCACACCGCAAGUAGCUAGCUAGCUAGCUAGUAGCUACUCGGAGUGACAAACAAAGCUUGUCGCUAACGCGCGCCGCAGCGUGGUGCGUGGGCAUGGCGACCACCACGACGGCCAACCGCCUCGGCCUCCUCCUCCUCUUCGCCGUCGUGGCGACGACGGCAGCUCCGGCCGUGGCCGCGGGCCCUGCAGCAGCAGCAGCCGCUACGCCGCCGUCGCCGUUGUUCCGGAGGGUGUACGCGUUCGGCGACUCGUUCACGGACACGGGGAACACGCACUCGACGACGGGGCCCUACUCGUUCGGCUACGUGUCCAGCCCGCCCUACGGCGCCACCUUCUUCCACCGCUCCACCAACCGCUACUCCGACGGCCGCCUCGUCGUCGACUUCCUCGCCGAGACGCUGGCGCUGCCGACCUACCUCCCGCCCUACCUUGUUACCUCCAACUCCUCCGGCAACACCACCGCCGUCGGCGUCAACUUCGCGGUGGCCGGCGCCACGGCCAUCGAGCACGACUUCUUCGCCCGGAACAACCUCAGCAUCGACGUCACGCCGCAGUCCAUCAUGACGCAGCUGGACUGGUUCGACGCGCACCUCCGCUCCGCCUCCGCCGGGACCGGCGAGAGGACCGCCGUCGCCGACGCGCUCUUCUGGGUGGGCGAGAUCGGCGCCAACGACUACGCCUACACCGUCAUCGCCCGCGACACCAUCCCUCCCAAGCUCGUCCGCACCAUGGCCGUCCAGAGGGUCACCGCCUUCGUCGAGGGGCUGCUACAGAGAGGCGCCAAGUACGUGAUCGUGCAGGGGCUGCCGCUGACGGGGUGCCUGCCGCUGGCCAUGACGCUGGCGCGCGCCGACGACCGCGACGCCGUGGGCUGCGCCGCCUCCGUCAACCGCCAGAGCUACGUGCACAACCGCCGCCUCCUGGCGGGCCUCCGCGAGCUCCGGCGGCGGCACCCGGGCGCCGUCGUCGCCUACGCCGACUACUACGCCGCGCACCUCGCCGUGAUGCGGGCGCCCGCCCGGUACGGCUUCAGCGAGCCCUUCCGGACGUGCUGCGGCUCCGGCGGCGGCGCCUACAACUUCGACCUCUUCGCCACCUGCGGCUCGCCGCAGGUCACCACCGCCUGCGCGCGCCCGGCAGAGUACGUCAACUGGGACGGCGUCCACAUGACGGAGGCCAUGUACAAGGCCGUCGCCGGCAUGUUCUUCGACGAACAUGGCGGCGAGGCCUACUGCCGCCCCGCGUUCAAGGAUCUGCUGGCCAUGAAAGCCCAGGGCAAGCCGUGAUCACCGUCGACACCCACGAGAAUGAGAAAGCACGUUCCAAUAAGGAAGCGCACCAUAUGUAGUUCUAUGAUCAAUGUUGCGUGCUUUUAGCUAGGAUCAUCAGUAGAACUGCAAUUCUAUCGUGAAGAUUUCAUGUCAUCUUCAUCUUGAACCGUUGACAUUUAUCAGGCAUUUAUAAUUGAAGCCAUAACAUGAUGAUGAACCUAAA